AUGAGCUCGUAUAUGAGCAGCUCAUUCCCAGCCAGCGGGUUCAACUCGCAAUGGGACAUCGAUGUUGGCUAUGACGACGAUGUCCUCGAUCAGAGCGAGUAUCAAUAUGCAGCGCGCGACCAUAUUCUCUUCUGCAUUGAUGCGUCGCAGUCGAUGCAAACACCCGCUGCGGACGUGGAGAACGAAGCGGGUGUGAUUCGGGGCAAGAGUCCGAUGCACCAGGCGCUCGACGCGGUCGUCAAGAUCGAGCGCACCAAAGUCAUAACCGGCCCGAAUGACAGUGUCGGCGUCCUGCUGUACAACGUCGACUCGGCCAAGGCGCCGCUGAGUGAUAACGGGAGUGUUCGCGACGGCACGUACGUUGUGCAGUCGCUGCGAACAAUCAGCGCCGAGGAGAUCAAGCGCCUCAUCAAGUUGCUGGAGCAGGCGAACGACGAGUAUGCCGCAGAGGACGAUGAGGACGCUCCUACAACCGAGCCCACAGUCCUGCGCGACAACUUCCCUGCAAUCCCAGCCAAGGAUGAACUGAACACCGCCGGUGUAUUCCAGGCCUGCAUGUACCUCUUCCGCGAUGCCGGCAACCGUGUCACCGGCAACAAGCGUGUGUUCCUCAUUACGGACCAGGACGAGCCGCCGGGGAGUGAGGUCAACCGCUCACCAGCGCGUACCGUGUUUACAGACAUGACUGCGUAUGGCGUGUCGAUCAACACCUUCUUCAUCAACCGCCCGGGCCAUGUCUUCAACGCAAACAAGUUCUGGAAUGAUAUCCUGCAGCGCCCAGAGACGUCCGACGGCUCGUCCUCCUCUGACGGCAUGGAGGAUCUUACCGACCUCAUUUCCGAGCUGGUUGUCCGCCAGGCGCCUAAGCGGAAGCAGUUCUCCAUCCCGCUCAAGUUCGGUGGACGAGAUGGCGACAUUGAGAUCGGUAUUGCUGGUUACGCAUUGAUCUCCGAGCAGAAGAAGGGCGCGUCCAAGAUGGUCCGCAUGCGCGGGCAGGCUGUCGAGGAGGUCCAGACCAAGACGAUAUACACAUCAGCCGAAACUGGUGCCGACCUGUCACCUGAAGAGCUCACGUCGGCGUACGAGCUCGGCGCGGAGGCAAAGAUCGAGAACGUGCUCGAGCUGGAAAAGUGGGAGAGGCGCGAUGGCGAUGAGGAGGAUGAAGACGGGGAUGUGGUCAUGGACCGCGGUUCCGCUGGCGGCGCUGGAGAACCACCCAAGCGAGUCGCGAAAACUCGGCUCAAGUUCACAGAUGAGCAGAUCCGCAGCUACAAGACGUUGGAUAUCGAGCCACCACAAAUCAAGAUUCUUGGCUUCCAGUCGCCCGAUUACCUCGUCAUGACGGACAACAUCAAGCACUCCUACUUCAUCUACCCCGACGAGUUGACCUACACCGGCAGCACCCGGACCUUCACGGCACUCCUCAGGUCCUGUCUGAAACUCAACCGCCACGCGCUUGCCUUAUGCCGCAUUCGCGCCAGCAGCUCUCCUGAGUUCGCAGUGCUCGUGCCUCAGGAGGAGACGAUAAACAAGAGGGAGGGCGGGCAGGACGACCCACCGGGGUUCCAUGUCAUCAUCCUCCCGUUCGUGGACGACAUUCGCGAUCCGCCAAAGAAAAUGACCUACAACCUUACAGCCAUGGAGAAGCUCAUGCGUCGGCUGCGCUUCAAGUCGGGCAAAUACAUAUCGGACGUCUACCCGAAUCCAGCCCUUCAGUACCACCAGCGGCAGUUACAGGCUCUCGCCUUUGAAGAGGACUUUGACACGGAGGAGUUCGAAGACAAGGCAUUGCCCAAGUACGCUGGCAUCCACAAGGCCGCGGGGCAGCUCAUGAAGGACUGGAAGAAGCUGAUUGACGACGACGAGCGUGCGGUCGAGAACGUGCUCAAUCCCUCGUCCAAGCGGCACGUCGUGGCUAUUGACCCAGCCGACCUCCAGGACAUCCCGAGCUCGUAUCGGAACGGCACGCUAGAGAAGCUCAAGGUCCAGGAGCUGCGCGACUACGCCAAAGUCAAUGGCAUCAGCCUCUCGGGACGGACGAAGAAGGUCGACAUCAUCGAGGCGAUUGCAGACCACUUGGCAAAGGGUACGGGGUCGACGGGCUCGAAGAAGUCGAAGCACUACUAG